UAUUUUUCAAGAACUCUUUUGUGAUCUACUUGCAUGCAGUGAAUAGAUAUAAAAUGAUUGAGAGGAAGGGGUAUGGUGGCUAUAUUGCAUCGAUGAUCUUAAAAUCAGAUGAAAAGCUUUUUAAAUGUGGAUCCGUGGUUGCACCUAUCACAGAUUUGAAGUUGUAUGCCUCAGCUUUCUCUGAAAGAUACCUUGGUAUGCCAUCUAAGGAAGAAAGCACUUACCAGGCCUCCAGUGUUCUACAUAAUAUUCAUGGUUUAAAAGAAGAAAAUAUAUUAAUAAUUCAUGGAACUGCUGACACAAAAGUUCAUUUCCAGCAUUCAGCAGAAUUAAUCAAGCACCUAAUAAAAGCUGGAGUGAAUUAUAGCAUGCAGGUCUACCCAGAUGAAGGUUAUAAUGUAUCUGAGAAGAGCAAAUAUCAUCUCUAUAGCACAAUCCUCAGAUUCUUCAGUGAUUGUUUAAAGGAAGAAAUAACCGUGUUACCACAGGAACCAGAAGAAGAUGAAUAGUGGACCCUAUUUAUAUGGACCUGAAGAGAAUAUUGAAGCUCAAUGAAACCUAACCAAGAGACCUAACAUUGUAGAUGCUCCAGAAUUUCAAGGGCAGCUUAAGGAGAUGACACCGGAACAGCACACUCAGAGACAAUGAACUAGAAUUUGAAUACAGACGGCCAAGUCUACUGUGUUGCCAAGGGUGCAGAACCUGUUUCUUUGUAUAAGGAAGGUCAAAGGGUUGGUUUCCCAGGAAAAAUUAGUUUUGCAUUAAAGUAGAAGUAGUGCAUGUUUUCUUCUGUUAUCCCCCUGUUUGUUCUGUAACUAGUUGCUCUCAUUUUAAUUUCAAUGGCCACAACCAUCUUUGCAUAUAAUGCACAACUUAUCAUCAAUAUUUCAGUCCCUGAUCUUCGAUGGCUAAGCUGCAGUUUAACACUUUACUGUACCUUUACAAUAAGUGCAAUUCUUUCAUUGUCUAUUAUCAUGCUUAAGAAAAUAUUCAGUUAAUAAAAAACAGAGUAUUUUAUGUAAUUUUGUUUUUAAAAAGACAUUAUUAAAUGAGUGAAAGGACAAAUAGAAGUAUGGAUUUCAGCACCUUCCAAAGUUCAAUCAGUUAUCAGUAGAUACAGUAUCUUUAAAUCAACACACAAGUGUAUGUCUCACAAUUCAUAUACACAUGUGUGCAUAUACAGUCAUUGAAUCUAUCUCUACAUGUUAUUCAUGCUACAAAGGGUAAACUUUUGAUGAAUUAGAACAGAUGCUCUUUUACAAGCUAUUAUGGAUGCUUUGUUUAAUGAGCCAAAUAUGAUGAAACACUUUUUCCAAUUCAAAUUCUAGCUAUUGCUUUCCUAUAAAUGUUUGGGUUGUGUUUGGUAUUGUUUUUAGUGGUUAAUAGUUUUCUAGUUGCAAUUUAAUUUUUUGGAUAUUAUACCUUGUCACAUGUAAAUUAGAUACUUAAAUAUUAAAUUAUAGUUUCUGAUAAAGAAAUUUUGUUAACAAUGCAAUGCCACUGAGUGCUAUUUUGCUCUUUUGGUGAAGGAUUUUUUUUUUUUUAAACUCUUGGUCCUUUUACUUCUAUCUCACAGUGCAGAAUCAAUUCUCAUUUUCAUUGUAAAAGCAGAGAGCUGGAUUAUUUCAUUUGCCAGUUCCUAUUUAGUAUUCCAUGCCUACCCAAUUCAUCUGUUACUGUUUAAUUUAAAUUCUGGUGAGAAUUAGAAAUGAAAUAUUUUUUAUUCACUGGCCAAAAAGUUCACAAACAGCAGCAUUUGCUAUUUAAUUUGAAUUGAAGGCACAAAAUGCAUCAAUUCCUAGGCUGUGUUGAUUUGCAGUAGUAAGUAAUGAGAGAGUAAAAUAAACUUGACUGUAUGAAGUUAAUUUAAGUCAUGAGAACAUUAACUUUGGUUGCUGAAGCCAAAGAGUGUCUUCUCACUUCACUUAAGGGAUCUUGCAGAAGAUGUCUAAGGUCUGUAAUCAAGCUGCAAGGUUCAGGUAAAUCUAGGCAAUAUACUAUGUUUUUGUGGUUGUGAAAAAGUUUUAGAACAGAUUGGAUUAUUUUGACAUCAGAACACAGGGAGGAAACUUAAAAAUGUCAGGGAAUCACUCAGUCAUCCUCCUGUUUUGUUGAAAGAUCAACACAAAAUUCUGAAUAUUUGAAAACAUGUGUAUCAUUAAUUGGGUAUUCCAUUUUUCUUCUGGAGGCUUUGGAAUUGUGUCUUAACUGCCCCAUCUGAUUCAAUUUAAAAUGGGAAAAGCUCUCUUUUCUGAAAGACCUGUUUUAGGUCUUUUUCAAGAUUAAUAAACACAUUUUUUAACAAAAUAAGUUGUAAUGUUUAAAACGAAAGUUUUGCCUAUUUUAUUAAGAUGGAAAUUUCUUUUUAGGGUGACUUGAAGUCCAACUGAAGCUUUUUAAUCAAUAUUUUAAAUUUUAACCUCUAGAAUUUUUUAUGAUGCAAAUAAUUAUGCUGUCUGAAAGAUGUGGUUUUAUUGAGUGUCGAUUUGAGUAACAUUUAAAAAGUAUUUACCUUUUACUGUUCAUCAUUUCUCUUGUUUUAUUAUCAACGUUUAUCUGUUUUUCAAUUAAUUUAAUACAGUUUCUAAUGUGAAAGA